AUGGGAGCCCUGGGUGGGGUGAGGUGGGGCCGGCUGGCCCGGCCCGGCCCGGCCCCGCCCGGCCCGGCCCGGCCCGGCCAGGCUCGGUCCGGGGAGGCUGCGGGGCAAGCGGUUCAUGAAAGGGUUCAGGCGAGGCAGGAGGGCACCGCGCCAGCGCCGUCCGCGCCUCCGCCCGCGGAGCUUCCCCGGGGGCUGCCGGCGGCUCCGGAGCCGGCGGUGAGCGGGAGGCGGGCGGCGGCCAGCGCGGCAGGCUUGUUGCCAUCACCACCUGACACUGGCACAACAGCGUAUCGCUCGGAAAUCUUUGUAGCUGAAGUGUAUUUAAAUUUUUGAAAGCUCGCGGGUACCGGAGAUGCGGAUCAUUCUUCAAGAAGGUCUUGGCAGACCCAAGCAGGAGCCGACCACAGACUCUCAAGGAGUCUCAGCCACUGUUGCCAGCAGCAGCGGCUAGGCCAGCAUCCACCAGUGCAAAUACCUACAGAAAUCCUGUCAGUUUUGAGCCCUCAUAUCAUUUAACAUCCACGUGUGCCCAUCCACCACAGCCCCAGGGUUUUGGAUCACGGGCCUUGUACCCACUGCAGCUGAACAUCAGGAAUGUACAAUGCCAGGCCUCUCCCCCACGGUUGUGAAAUGUUAUGAUGAUUUGGUUUGGGUUUUUUUCGUUUGUUUG